AUGGCCUUCUGCAGUGUAUGCUGCAUUGGGAUUGUGACAGUCUUCUACGCAAUUGCUAUAUCCGACAUUGCAAGGGCAGUGCAAUACUACCAUUACAGUUACCAUUCUCCUGGUCAUAUCUUGGGUCUCUUUUGCUAA